CGGAGGAGUGAUGUGAACGCUAACAUAUAUUGAGUGAAACAUAAAUAUACUCAAAGCUUUUGAAGAAAAAGUAAAGAAUAAUUUAACAAAAACUGUGAAAUCUGUAGAUUCCGAAAAAAAGGUGAAGGAGAUUCUGGAAGAGGGAUGAGGAAGGAGAGAGAGCCUCUAGCUACCAGGAAAUGGGAAAAUAUAAACUCUGCACCCAUCCGUCUGCAUUAAGUGACGUGUGAAAUAGACUGGAAGAUUUGUUUUGGUUUAUAAUGUUUUGAAGUGCAGAAGGUUAAUAAUGCGGAGAAAAAUGAAGAUUUUGUUGCUGCUCAUUCAUACAGUAGCAGUACUGUCACAACAACAACAAAAAGGUGUUGGUUGUGUUUUCUCCGACGAAGAUCAAGUGAAUGGAGAGAAGCAGGUUCGCGUAUCCGAGGAUACUCCAACAGGAACCCAGAUAUUUGUCAUCAAAGCCUUUCCGAGACGUCUCUUCGCAAUUCAGUCUCUAGAUGGGUCCCGAACGGAUGGAUUCUUCACUUUUGAGGAGAUCGACCACAGACAUGUUGGGAUCGUCCUAGCUCGAUCCUUACAGGAUCUCACAGACCAGAGUUCACCAGUCUCAGAUAUCAGAUUCCGAUUAGCUUGCCGAGGACGGGACCAGGAGACCUCGUAUCUUCCUGUAACAAUCUUUAUCCAGGAUAUUAACGACCAUCCUCCUGUUUUUCAAGCAGACGGAUACAAUGUAACUAUUGAAGAAAAUACUCCUGUUGGAUUAACAGUGUUUAGGGGUAUUCACGCUAUAGACAGGGAUCAACCCAAUACUCCGAACUCCUUCAUUAGUUAUUCUAUUCUCUCCGGGAACGAAGAUAAGAAGUUCUCUUUGGAAGGUUCCGGAAAGGCUGUCCUGGUUCUCCGGAAGAAACUUGAUUUUGAACAAGGAGAUACGUUCUUCAAUCUUACAGUAGUUGCAGAGGAUGCUGGAGUUCCUCCUCUCUCCUCAACCUCGUCCUUGCUCAUCACAGUACGGGAUGUAGACGACAGAAACCCGAUCUUCUCCAAGUCCCUUUACAAGCUCCAGAUUAAGGAAGAUUAUCCUCUGACUGGAACUACGGAGCUAAGACUAUUGGAAACAACUCCUCCGAUCUAUGCAGAAGAUCAGGAUACAUCCAUUAAAGCUGAGCUCCAGUAUGGAAUAACAGGAGGGAACGAGAUGAAAUAUUUCCAUAUAGACAAGGAUUCAGGACAGUUGUAUCUAACCCGGGAGCUAGACCGAGAGCAGCUUGAGUCUGGUAAAUUCUUUCUUGAUAUCUCAGCUUGGCAGAAGGAUAACGAAGUGAAGGCUGCCACAUCUGCGGUGGAGAUUGACGUCUUAGAUGUGAACGACAACAAACCUGAGUUUCAGGUCGAGAAAUAUAAUAUGACGGUCAUUGAGAACCUUCCCGCUGGUUUUCGAAUCAUGCAGUUUACCGCAACUGAUCGGGAUCAACCAGAGAACGCCGUGUUCCACUAUGCACUUGAGGACCCAUCUGGAGCAUUUCUUUUAGAUUCGGAGGGAAGUCUGAUUCUUGAGAAACCAGAUCUUUUCGACCGUGAGAAAUAUGAGAAUAUCGUGGUCCGUGUUCUCGCAAUAGAGGAUUCUCCGUCCGUCCUACCUAACUCCGAACCUUUCAGUGUUGAGGUCGAUAUCCAUCUCCUUGAUUAUAACGACAACAGCCCUGUAUUCUUACCAAAUAAUGUCUACUUGUUCCUGGUUCCUGUUGGAGCACAGGUUGGAGCUAAAGUUGGUCAGGUUCAAGCUGAAGACCUUGAUCAGGGUACUAACGGAUAUAUCAAGUAUAAAAUCAGGAACAGUACUGAAUCUCUUCCCAUCUCUUUGGAUCCUCUCUCCGGGGAGAUCUUCCUUACACAGCUAUUCACUCAGUCAAGAAAGUUGAGUUUCUUUGUUGAAGCUGUUGAUCUUCCAGAGAAUGAGGAGGAAAGAAAAUCUGCAGUUGCAGUUGUAGAACUCCAGUGGCCGGAUAAUGAUGAUAUUCCCGGGUUCCAAGGGACUCCUUAUGAGUGGUGGUUGGAUACAGAAGGAGAGUUUGAAGAAGGAAUGUAUCUUGGAACUGUUCGAACCAUGAACCUGGAUCCAACCUCGAUCAGAUACGCCAUCAAGCACAAUUAUAAUUCAGAAGUUCCGUUUGAUAUUGAUGCCGAGACUGGUGUAGUGACUGUAUCUGGACUUGAGAACCAGGAUUGGAAGAGUAGCUACAACCUGGAUAUUUUUGUGACGGAUUCCAAAUCUGAAAUCUCAACUCCGCUCAUUGUCCGGCUCGGGAAAGGAGAAGCAGAUUUUGGGAAGGAGCAGGAGAUACCAAAAAUGCUGGAUUUCUCCGUUCUUGAAAACGCCGAAAGUUUGCUGGUUGCCAAUUUAUCCUACCUUCUCUCCGACAGAAAGAAGAGCACUGAGCGGCUCAUCACAAAUGAUGAUGGAAAAGAUAAGUUCUACCUGACAGAUGGUGGAUUGUUGUAUACAAGUGGACCCUUGGAUCGUGAAACUAGGGAUACAUACAUGUUCACAGUACUGGUAGGACGGCGAGGUCUACCCAGAGGGUUCAGAUCACAGCAAGCUAUUCAAGUAAAGGUGAAGGUUGAAGAUGUUAACGAUAAUAAUCCAGUGUUUGAACAACACAUUUAUCAGGGUCAUAUUCCUGAUAACUCGGAGGUGGGAACAGAAGUUCUCUUAGCGAAGAAGAUUAUUGCUACUGAUGCCGAUAUCCUUGACGCUAAAGGUGUAAAGAUUGAAAUCUAUGGCAAGGAUAGUGAGAAGUUCAGGUUUGAUGAUGGGACCGGAGGAGUUUUUCUGUCGGACGGAGUAUUGAGUAGAUCCACCAAGGAGGUUUAUUAUCUGAGGUUGAGAGCUACUGACUCUGCAGGGCAGGUCGGAGAGGGACAACUUGUAAUACAUGUCACGGACAGGAAGAAUCAUCAACCAAAAUUUCUGAAGCUUCAAGUUCUAGACAGCAGACUUGUAUCGGUUGCCAAGGAUAAGGUUUGGGUCGGAGACGGAGUUGGAGCUCCAGUUCUUGAUAUGGCGGAGACAGUUCCCCCGGGGACUCGGAUUGCUCGGGUUCUAGCGGAGGAUCCAGAUACUACCCGUAAUAAUGGAUUGGUUUAUAGCCUGGUUUCUGAGGAAGCAACCCAUAUGGAAGCUAGGAAGAACCUGCCUGCUAAGGACAGAUUCUACGUUGAGGAAACGUCGGGAGAUAUCCUUGUCAAAAGACAGGUUGAAGCGAAGACUAGUUACAUUCUCAACAUCUCGGCACAGGAUGAAGGCGGACUGUCUACCAUCACGCAAAUCAUACUCCGAGUAAAUGAUAUAAACAACAAUAAACCUGUUUUUGACAAGAACGAAUACAUUUUUAAAGUUCUUGAAGGUGAGUAUUCUGGUGUAGAUGUAGGGACUGUUCUAGCUGAAGAUGAAGAUUUCUUUGAAAAUGGUGAGAUUACCUACAGUAUUGUUGAUCCAGUAGAACCAGCAGACGGAGCAAUUUUUACACUUGAGACCAAGUCCGGGGCUAUAACUGUAUCAGGAGUUCUUGAUAGAGAAAAUAUCCAAACUUAUCAUUUAUUGGUGGCAGCUACUGACCACGGAGAACGACAGUUGACCUCUCAGGUCAAUGUGACGGUUCUGGUCCUGGAUGUCAAUGACAAUCAGCCAAUAUUCUAUGGUUACGAUAGACUGAUGGAAGAGGGAGGUUUUCAUACAAUUCCUGUCUACACAACUAAACUUCAGGAGGUAUUCAUCAGUCCUGGAAUACAGGUUGCUCAGAUACUGGCAAAUGAUACGGAUGAUAUCUCUACUGGAAAUGGGAUUGUUGAGUUUAAACUACUGGAUAACUCCCAGAGGUUCUAUAUCGAUCCUAAGUCUGGAGUUGUGACAACACUUGUCCGAAUAGGUGAGAACUCCACCAUAACAGUAGAGGCUGCAGACAAUGGAACACCAUCUAAAUCUGCCACAGCUCUCAUACAUAUAAUAUUAUCGGAGGAGAAACCCAUCCAGCUGGAACAAACCAAAACUUUUUCGGAUGAAAGACCAAAUCUGCCGGAGAUACCCCGAUCCAUCCCGGACACAGUUCAGUCCAUACAAAAUAUCUCCAGGAGCAGGGAGAAGCAGGCAGGGAACCGUGGAAAGAUUGAUUCCAUUGAGGAGGAACUACAAGAGAACGGAAAGGACAAAAAGAAGUACGGAAGUAUGUUUAAACAAGAGGUUUAUACAGUUCAGGUUAUGGAGAACGUGGAUACCCCACUUGUUAUCCUACCCUUGGGCCAAGAGCUAGUACAAGAGGUUGCCGGAGUUAGUUUCCGAAUUGUCGGAAGUAACUACGGAAUAUUCCGGAUAGAAGAGAAUAGCGGAGAGCUUAGUAUAAUCUCCAGUCCUGAUAGAGAGCAGAGGGAUACAUAUAUUCUCCGGAUAAAGGCGGCGCUGAAUGAUUCGUCUAAAAAGGUUCCCUUGUUCUUUUAUACUCUCUUCAUCGAGGGAGACGAGGACGGAGUAGGAGAAGGAGAAGUUAUUGUUAGGAUUAAUAUUAUGGACGAAAACGACAAUCCUCCAGAGUUUUUACUUCCAGAGUUUCAUGCAGCUGUUCAGAGUUCUGCAGAAUACGGAGAUCCUGUAUUUAUCCUUCAGGCCUGGGAUAAGGAUGUUGGAGAGAACUCUGAGCUGGUUUACACCCUGGAGAACACCAUGGACAGGUUCACCGUAAAUUAUAACUCUGGGCAGGUUGUGUCCACUGCUAAGUUUAAUACGGAGUCAGGAACUAUCUACAGAGUUCUAGCGAAGGUUGAAGAUAAGGGAGGAAGACAGGGAUCUCUAUCCAGUACUGCUCAGCUUGUGGUCUCUGUUCUCAAUCCUGAUCUCGAGGUUCAUCUUCUCCUCGACCAGCCUCAACAUCUGGUGGAGGCUAAUUUACAGAACAUAACCUCGGUUCUCUCUAACCUCAGCAGCACCCUGGUUUCUUCUAGCGGAGUACGACCCUCCGGUCUUAUGACGGAGGUUCGGUUCUACGGUAUAGACGGAGAUGCUCUGGUACCCGGAGAACAGUUAAGAAACAAAUUGUCUCUCCAGGCUCUGGAACACAUGGGAGUUCGUGAGAUAGUUCUGGGGAAAGAAGAGCGAAGUUCUGGGUUAGGUUCGGUUGAGGUCGCAGUUCUAACCAUCGCCUGUUUGGUUUUCCUCGGGGCCUUUAUUGCUGUGCUCUGCAUUUGCUGCAUUAAACUCCGCAGGUCUCAGAAACAUUAUCCUGCUCCUUUAGCUAUUCCUCUCCCGAACUAUAGUUUCGACCAAGGUGGGAAGGAUAUGAUGGAACGUGAAACUAGUCAACGGUUCGGAACUAUACCUAGAGUUUCCACAAUUCAAGACCGAACCCGCAGCGACAGAAUUUCCACCAGAGCACAUUCUGAGCGAGGACGGGACAAAGAGGCCAGAUCUGUUCACAUAGAAUCCUCGGAGGAUGAUGCAUAUUUAGCUAAAUCGAGUUUACAGCCCAGAGGAGCAGAGAGACGGAGUCAACAUUCUCGUCACUCCGGAUCCUCACAUCGUAAAUCAGUUCGUAGUGUUCAUGAAGUCAAGAGUUCAGGAGAAUCCUCUAGGUCUAGGGAUUCUGGGAUAGAUGAUAACAGGGACUGCUGUAGUUGUAGACAAUCUAGUGUGAGUAGUAGAGAGAGCAGCUAUGCUCCCCCACACUGUAACCGCUGCUGUGGUUGCCCCGCACAGAUCACCAGGAGACAUAGAAGCUCUUCUCCUACCCGCAGAUCUUGCUCUUUACGUCCUCGCUGUUCAUCACAUAGAUCCGUACCUAGACACGCUCACUCACAUCACGAUCUCAGACCGGAGACAGAUACUGAGUCUGAGUCUGAUUCUUCUCAUCUGAGAGGAGAUCGUGUUGGAUCAGGACGGAGAACUCUAUAUACAGCUGAGCUUUGGAGCAGAUCAUUAACUCCGUCCCAGAGCGAGGCUAGACUAUCCCAGGCAGAGCUGAGGUUAGCCUCAACGACAGCUAACAGAGGUCACAGCUGGAGAGGAGAAAUUAGACCAAUCCUUCAUAUAGACAAGAAAUUCCAGUUUUCGGAUCGACAUCAAAGCAGUGGUCACAUACAUGGAGAUAAAUCAAACAAGGAAACUUCGAUUAGAACCAGUUCUCGGAAAUCCAAUCUUAAACCUCCUCGAACAUCUUAGAACCAAAACAACCUCAGAGAACCUCUAAGAGUAUCCUCCGUAUUAGUUUAUUUCUUUAAGCUUUAAGCUUUAAACACUCAAAAGAUUUUAACAAUUAUGUUUAGAGGAGAUUUGACUUCAAUAUCAAGUACAAUUGAACAUAUUGAUUAUAUGAAAAUUAAUAACUAUAAAGUGAAAAAUAGACCAUUCUUCAUUUGAAACUUUCUGAAGAUAUCCAAGACUGUCCUUAAGAACUCUUUAAGAACCAUUAGAAAGGUCUAGAACUCUACAGAAUGUCAAGAAGAGUCCAAGAAUUUUGUCAGUUCAGGAAAUUAAGGAAGUUGAGGGGGUUAAGAAACUCUGAAGGAUAAUAUCUUGAGUUGAGAAACUCUGCAGGAUAUUGUCAAGAGUUGAGAAACUCUGCAGUAUUUUAUCAAGAGAAAAAAACUCUGCAGGAUAUUGUCAAGAGUUGAGAAACUCUGCAGUAUUUUAUCAAGAGAAAAAAAACUUUGGAGGAUAUUAUCAAGAGUUGAGAAAUUCUGGAGGAUAAUAUCAAGAGAUUAAAAACUGAAGGAUAAUAUCAAGAGAUAAGAAAUUCUGAAGGAUUAUAUCAAGAGAUAAAAAACUGAAGGAUAAUAUCAAGAUUUGAGAAACUGAAGGAUAAUAUCAAGAUUUGAGAAACUGAAGGAUAAUAUCAAGAGUUAGGAAACUCUGAAGAGUUUGAGGACCCCUAAAACGAAUAUUCCAGAACUUUUAUAUGUUGGUUGAAACUUUGUGCAGAGUAUUUUUGUCUUUUUACGUAAAAGGUAAAAGAUAAACGGGCAUUAUAGAAUUAUCAUUUUUCAUUUAGACUUUGCUUGUGAAUGGGAUUUUUAACUAAGAAGAAUUAAGUGAAUUUUUUUAUCCGCCGUAGCUAGUCAUGUUAUACAGGGUGUCUCCCGUAAUAUGGAUUUAUAAAAGGAAAAUAUAACUAUCGGGAGUUUAAAGUUUUCUACAGAUUUACAAUUUUGGAACAGCAUUGUUUUUGUUUUAACUGUUCUUAUCUCAAGUUCAAGGAAAAUGUAAUGUAAUAAGACUGAACUUGCACCUAUGUAAAUUUAAAAUUUGCUCAAAAUGAAACAAAAGAUUAUCAAUUUUCUUCUAGUCCUGAAAAAUAAAAAUCUUAUUUAAUCCCUGAACCAAAAUAAGUUUAGCUUUAAACCUCGUAAAUCCAGAAAAUGUUUGUGUCCUAUGAAUCCUAAGUGUAUAUUUAUCAUCUUGUUAUAUCUUAAUGUGAACUC